UCUAUAUAGCAUUCAGUACUACCUCUAGUGUCUUGGUAGGUAGCUUGUCCUCAUCGUUAGAGCAGAGCUGCUGCCGAGCAGCGACCAGAAAGAUGAAGGUCGGCUCUGCUCUUUCACUGACAAGCUAGCGAGCUCUAGGUGAAAGCUUGAGACAGGCAGGCACGGAUGGCCGAUCCGGUGGCCAUCGUGGACAGGAUCGUGAAGAUCGGGCUCAAGAUCAAGGAGGCAUCGGACAAGGUUCACCAGAACGAGGCGGUGUGCAAGGAGAUCAGGAAGCGCGUGCUCAGGUUCAGCGCUAUCCUGUCGCGGCUGCAGCAGCAGGCAGGCAUGGCGGACAGCGACCCGGCGAUGGGCGGCGCGCUGCAGGACCUGGAGGCGACCCUGGAACGCGCCCUGGAGCUCGUCCCGGCCUGCUGCCAGGAUCGGAGCAUCCUCCGCCGCCUCGUCACGGCGGGGGACCUGGCCAAGCAACUGCGCGGGGUGAACGACGACAUCUCCAACAAGGUGAUGCUGGCGUCCUUCGCCAUCAACACCCACACCACCAUCAUCUUGUUGACUAAUCAGGCUGGUGUUCGUCGUCCACCGCCGCGUCAACCAGAGGAUACAGGGCUUAUGGAGAUAUCCCAUAAUCAUUCACCUGAUGAUGCCAGGUCUGAACUAGGUGGGGACGAAAACGACAUACUAAGCGGAAGCGAGGCGUCGCUUGCUCCCUUAUUAGUAGGAGCCUUAAGAAAAUUCAGGUUGUCUGAGUUGAAAACAGCUACAGAUCGAUUUUCAGACGCCAAAGCCAUUGGAUGUGGCGGCUCAGUUACUGUCUACAAGGGAGUUUUAAAUGACCAGAACGUGGUCGCCAUCAAGAAACUUCGUUCGGAGCCUCGCUUAGGUUGGGCACACACUUACAACCAACUUCUUCUUGCUUCCAAGCUUCAGCACAGAAAUAUAGUGAAAGUUCUGGGAUACGCCCACGAAGAUGAAGAUACAUCAUCUUUCCUGGCAUGGUUGAAAGGUAGAAAAAGUCGAAACAGAGAAACCAGAUAUAUUUGGGUCGAAGAGUAUAUGCCAAAGGGAAACUUGCACGACAUUAUUUAUAACCAAGAGCCCCGACCUGAUUGGUCCACGCUCAUCCGGAUAAUUGAGGGUGUAGCGCAGGGCGUACACUACCUGCAUGAGCAUCGCAUCCUCCAUUUGGAUCUGAAACCAGCCAACAUCCUCUUGGAUUGCCACAUGAACCCUAAGAUUACGGAUUUCGAUCUAGCUAAAGUGCUGGGUGACAGUGAUGAUGAGGCCACCUACGUUAAUCGAAGCACUAUUGGUAUGGAUCUUGAUUUUGGACUAGUUGAAGUGAUGGAUGAUAAAUAUAUCCGGAGUUUUGUCUUCACCGGAGUAGCAGGCACAUUUGGUUAUCUAGCUCCAGAGUAUGUGAUAAAUGGCACUGUGUCAGCAAAGAGAGAUGUGUACGCUUUUGGCAUCACACUUCUUGAGACCGUUGGCUGCAUCCGCAGCAGAUUUGACAGAUCAAGAGAACACCCAAUAGGGCGAUGGGCUUGGGAGGCCUGGGAAGAUGGUCUAUUGGAGGAGGAGUUCGAUCGAGAACUGUUUGACGAGUAUCAGUUAGUGGAGAUCAAAAGGUGCAUAGAGGUAGGGCUCCUGUGCGCUCAAAGUGACCGGUCGGACCGGCCCAGCAUGGCGGAUGUCGUUGCGAUGCUCAACGGUGAGAAAGAGCUGCCGACCCCAAAGAAGCCGGAGUACAUCAGACCUCGCAAAGGAAGGCGCUCAGCCAGCAUUUCUGCCUCGUCACCUCGCAACGGAAGGCGCUCAGCCAGCAUUUCUGCCUCGUCACGAGGAUCAUCAUUUACAAUCGUCUAUUCAUGCGUUAAUUUGAGUGAUUUUUUGGAUCAUGAGACCGGAGAAGAUGAUUUGAUUGAAGGUGAGAGCCAACAGCAUGACCUCCAACAGAGGGAGCUGCAAGUACAGCAUCAUGUGGAUCAACUAAAGAGGUUGGAGGAGGAUCUAAACUGGCGUGAGGAGUAUCUCAAGAGGCAGGAGGAGGAAGUUCGCAUGCAGGAGGUGCAACUUCUGAGGCGGAGGGCGGCUCUCCUUGGUGGUCAAGAGGUGCAGGCCAAUAUGAACAGAAAACAUCCUCGUUGGACUCAAUAGAUUUUGAAUGAAGAACAGCGAGACACUCAGCAUACAUUGUGUACAUUUCUGUUGUAAUAUUGAACAGAGUACAUGUACUUAGAAAAGUAGUAGCCUGUAAUUAAUUAGUAGCAUGUUACUUGUACACGUUUUGGCCUUCUGAUUGUUUUUUUUGGGUGAUAAACUCCAUGCUGUUCAUUUUUUUAG